CUGUAGGUUUUCUGAGAGUAACGAAAGAAAACCAAGGUUUUCUGUGUAUUUGCCGAGAGCGUACUCGGCAGUUCGUUGGUGGUACGGCGGGGCCGUACUGGUGAGAAAGUAGGGCAAGUCGCGGAGAGCGCGACGGAAAGAGCAAUUUCGCGAGUUAAUUUAGUCAGUACUGACAGGUUUCCACUGCGUCGUCUGCCAAUUACACCGCCCCGAGGCAGAUAACGCAGUCGGUAACCAUGUUCCCGUUCCUCGGUUUAGAGGUCGCCCUAGUGGCAAUGUUCGCGGGCAUCGUUAUGAUGCCAGCUAAACGUAGAGUCGGUGACCAAGUGGUAGAGCUACAGAAGGUGCUUGCAGACUUACACGCGCAGUUGACCGCAAUAGAACAAGCCGACGACUAUCAGAAGGCCUCCUCCAUGCUGGCCUCUGACCCUCUAGCACGUUUAAACAAGAAAAAAUUUUCUACCGCGAUGGGCCACGCUUGGGAUACCUACGUCGCAUUGAAGAGUCAAAUGGCGAGUGUCAGCGCGCACAUUGCUCAACUGGAGAUGACCAUGGAGCAGCCAGCUAUGAAGGUUCUCGUCUCCGACAAGUCUGGUCGCGUCAUGGAGCGCCCAUUGAAGGACCUGGACUACGUCAACGAUGGCUGGGUCAACAAGUCGGGCAAGGAGCACAAGGCGCUCAAGCGGGAGAACCGGGAGCUGAACCAAAUCUACCAUGCCCUUCAGAAGGUCAACCGCAACCUGGAGGACGAACGCGAGGCGCGCCGCGAUGAGGCCCCACCGGAGCAGAUUGAGGAGUUGGAGAAGGCAACUAACGACGCCAUCACCGAGGGUGAGAACUUGCUCACGGACCUAAACACGCGGCUGCGCAAGGCGAUGUUGGUGGGUUGGGAAACCGUUGAGUCGUUGGACCUCCCUGACUGCUGCAAGUCCGAG